AUGAAAGAAUUUUCUCAUAUAAUUGGUUUAGGGGAUAUAUUUCAAAAUGAAAAAAAAUGUUGGGUGCUACUAGCAAGUAAAUCACCAAGAAGAAUAGAAUUAAUGAGAUUAAUUGGAAUAAAAAAUUUAUAUAUUUGUGAUUCUAAAUUUGAAGAAAAUUUAGAUAAAAACAAGUUUUCUUGUGCUGAAGAUUAUGUUAGGGAAAAUGCUUUGCGUAAAGGUUUAAACGUUGUUGAACACAUAUGGUUUAAUAACAAAAAAUAUGAAAAUACUAAAGAAGAUAUUAAUCAUAAUGGAAAAAAUGAAGCAAAUGAAAGAGAAGAAUGUAUAGAGAAAUUUAACAAAAGUGAGAUAAAAAAAUAUGAAGUGAAAAGUCUUUAUAGCAAUUUUGAUCCAUUACCACAUAUAAUUAUUUCUUGUGAUACUAUUGUUGCUCUGAAGGAUGAUAUAAUAGAAAAACCAUUAAAUAAAAUACAUGCUUAUGAAAUAUUGAAAAAAUUAUCUUCUAAAAUCCACACUGUUUACACAGCUGUAUGUAUAUUUUUAUAUAAAACUAAAAUACCAAUCAUAUUUGUUGAAAAAACAGAUGUACACUUUGAUGAAUUACUAGAAAAGGAUAUUUUAGAAUAUAUCAAUUUGAAAGAACCAUAUGAUAAAGCAGGUGCUUAUUCUAUUCAAGGUAUUGGUAGCCAAUUUAUAAAAAAAAUAGAUGGAUGCUAUUAUAAUGUUAUGGGAUUACCUAUACAUAAAUUAUCAAAAACUUUAACAAAAUUAUACCUAGAAAAAAAGUUCUCAUAA